CACCAUAAAACCAAAGAAGAAGAAGGAGAAGCAAAAGAUCCUGGCACGAGAUGGAGGUGAAGACCGGCUUAAGAUGGCGGCCCUACGGCUCUUCAUCGCCAAUAGCGGUCAAUGCGGCAUCAAUAUAUAAGAUAUCUAUGUACAUGUACCAUUAUAUGUUGUUUAAUACAGUAGACGUCGGUAAUGUUUGUUUGGGUCCGGAUACAUUCGUCGAAGCACACGUUGCUGCUUCUCGUGCUAGCUUAGCUUGCUAGUUAGCUUAGCGUGUUAGCCGCUAACAAAGAGAGGCGGAAGUGAUCAAAACACAUCGCUAAGCAGAGAUCAAGUGUGAGUGUAAAGUGUUGUGAUUGUGUGAAAAUGUGCGAAAGAACGAUAGCAGAGUACGAGGAGGAACUUUGUCCAACAAAAGAGGAGAAGGAGCGACAACAUCAGAAACAUCAAGUUGUGUUACACAGAAUAGACAUCCAGCAGCCCCCCCACAUUAAAGAGGAAGAGGAGGAAGUGUGGAUCACACAGGGGGGAGAGUUUCUUCCAGGGCAGGAGGAGGCUGAUCUCCCCAAGUUUCCACUGACUGUUGUCUCUGUGAAGACUGAAGAGCAUGAAGACAAACCACCUGAGUCCUCACAGCUUCAUCACAGUCCAAACGUCUGUGAAGAACCUCUUCUCCCUGAGCAACAGAAGUGGAGCUUCAGGACGGUGAAGGAGGAGCCACAGCCCUCCCACAUUAAUGAGGAAGACGAGGCGCCACAGACCCUGCACAUUAAGAAGGGAGAGGACCCACUGACCCCUCACAUUAAAGAGGAAGAUGAGGAACCCAGCAUCAGUCAGAAGGGAGAGCAUCUUGAGUUCCCAGUGACUGGUGUCCCUGUGAAGAGUGAAGAUGAUGAGGUCAAAGGUGAAAGUGAGGAGAAGAGAGAGGCGGAGCCUCCAAGCAGCAGCUCAACUCAACACAUGACAACAGAAGCUGAUGGAGACCACUGUGGAGGAUCACAAGCAGACAAGCUCUUAGCUCCACUAUCAGAUAGUGAGGACACAACGUCACACUCUCCUGACACUGAUGAUGAAGACUCUAAAGAUGAUAAGACAUGUCACACUGACAACACACGCCUGACGUGUCCUCACUGUGACAAAACUUUUAAAUACCGUUGUCGUCUGAAAGUACACAUGAGAAUACACACUGGAGAAAAACCAUUUAGUUGCUCAGAAUGUGGUACACAUUUUACUCAAUGGCCACACUUAAAAAGACACAUGAAAAUACACACUGUUGAUAAACCUCUUUCGUGUUCAAUCUGUGCUAAAGGGUUUGUACAAAGUUUUGAUUUAAAAGCACACAUGAGAACACACACUGGAGUAAAAAAAUUUUCCUGUUCAAUCUGCGGUAAAUGUUAUAGUCAAAGUCAACAUUUGAAAAUGCACAUGAUAAAGCACACUGGUGAUAAACCUUUUUCGUGUUCAAUCUGCGCUAAAGGUUGUGUACAAAUUGGUGAGUUGAAAACACACAUGAGAACACACACUGGAGACAAACCAUUCAUUUGCUCAAUUUGUAGUAAAGGUUUCUCCAUAAAGGCAAAUUUGAUUAGACACACAAGAAUACACACUGGUGAAAAACCUUUUAUAUGUUCAGUAUGUGGUAAAGGUUUUAUUCAAAGUCCCAGUUUGAAAGCACACAUGAGAAUACACACUGGAGAAAAAAUAUUUUCAUGUCCAGCAUGUCGUAAAGGUUUUACACACGCUUGUGAGUUGCAAGUACACAUGAGAGGACACACUGAAGACAAACCAUUCAUGUGUUCAAUUUGUAGUAAAAGAUUCGCCCAGAAGGCACACAUGAUAAGGCACUCAAAAACACAUUCUGGUGAAAAACCUUUUAUGUGUUCAGUAUGUGGUAAAGGUUUUACACAAAGUCACUGUGUUAAUGUACACAUGAGAUUACACACAGGUGAGAAAGUGUGGAGUUGCAGUGUGUGUGGUGAAAGAUUCUCUUAUAAGUAUCAGUGUAAGAAACACAAGUGUGCUGGUGAGAACAGCAGCAGCCAAUGAAGAUGCAGGAUUUGAAAUAAACUGUCAAAACUUUCACUUUGACUUUCUAACAACAUCAGCACAUAUAACAUGUGUGACAUCAUUGUUGUGUGUGUAACACAAUCUUGUGAAUAUGCUUCUUAGAUAUUUUAUAGUACUUGUAUUUUAGUCAAGUAGGCUCCAUCCAUGAAUACACAUCCUUGUGCAUAUAAAACUACACAAACUGUUUUCUUUGAAAAGUUGUACACUGAAGCCACAGCUAAUGCUGCUUACCUUUAUAUUCCUUUUUUUGUUCUGAGAAAAAAAAAAUCGGCCUCUUGGAGUCAUGUAUCGUACUAAUUGAAACCUCGAUGUCGAUUAAUCGUGCAUACAGUAUCAUUGUUGUGUGUGUAACACGAUCUUGUCAGUAGGAUUCUAACAUUUAUAGAUGAGAUAUUAUAGAUUAGUGAUUGUAUUUCUGUCAAGUACAUGUAUUGAUAAUACAAUAUUGUGUACUUGUAUUUCAAAAUGAACAAUUGUAAUGAAAAGGUGAGAAUAAACAG